UAAGCAUUUCACUGUAAGGUCUACCUGUUGUAUUCGGCGCAUGUGUCAAAUACGAUUUGAUUUGAAAUGCAGCUACUCUAACAAGCGAGUGGCUUAAUCUGCUCUGCGCUUUUUAUUUAUGUCUGCUUAAAUGAAAGAACUGGACAUGCAGAAAGCAAUAUCGAGGAGGACAAGAAGCCACUUUGGACUAUCAGUGCAUUCAUCAUCAUUGAGUAAAUGCGCAGUCAGUCUCAUUUUAGGCUGCACGCACGCCACAACAGUCUGGGACUCUGAAAUAGUCCGGCAGUCGUGAAAUUACGUCAGUCUAGACUUCUCCGAAAAAGAUGUGUGUUCAACAUGAAUAGCCCCGUAUACGUUUGAAAGCGUAUAAUUAUAGAACGGAAUUUUUUGACGGUGACAUUAGCUGCCUGUCCGCAUAUUCAUCCUAUGAAAGUCGUCGCCAAUAGGACAGCUAAAUUAUGGGCUCGAGAAGAUACAUUGUAGAAAAGCGGACUCAGACAACAUUGAGACAUUGAAACAAUAAUUUGGAGAGAGAGAGAUGGCGAGUGACGACCAGGUGGCCAUCUUGACGGAUGACGAGGGGUAUCAGAAGAGGAAGUAUGUCCUGGCAGAACCCUUCAACACCUUGUCCAACACCCUGGAGCAGAUACCGGUGGGCGCGGGCCCCACUUCUGCCUCCCAAGGUCCAGAGUCUCCCCCCACAGACAAACCUGACUCCCCCUCCUCCAACCCUAGUAAUGACUGCCUGGAGAGGAACUGCGUGCGGAUCGACAACCACCUCCUCAUCUCCAAGGUCUUCUACUUCUUCUUCUAUGCAGCCUAUGGGUCCCUACACCCACUGCUGCCUGUGUACUACAAACAGCUGGGGAUGACUCCCAGUCAGAGCGGCUUGCUGGUCGGGAUCCGGUACUUCAUCGAAUUUUGUAGCGCCCCCUUUUGGGGGGUGGUGGCGGACCGCUUCAAGAAGGGCAAGAUGGUGCUUGUGUUCUCCGUUUUCUGCUGGCUGGUGUUCAACUGCGGCAUCGGCUUCAUCAAGCCUGCCACCAUAACAUGCGUGGAGAGGAAACCCACAGUCGCACGCCCCACCAGCCCUGCCCACCCCGGUCUGCUGGCCAAUUACAGUAGGGACCGCAGGGGUGUGAUUGGAGACUUGUUUUCCCUCUCCUCGAAUCAACACGGUUUAGCAUCAGACACAGUUAGUAGCGGUCCCCUGCACAGGUAUGUGAGGAGCGAUGGUGGUAAUGUCACUAGACCUGUGCCUUCCCCCACCAUCACAACAACAACAUCUUCCCCUUCCACCACACCCACUACAACAGCCAGCUCAAAACCUGCCUCAAAUCUAACCACAACCAAACCAACCACCACAACCAUUCCCAAAGUCUACCACAUGAUCUCCAACCACGACCAGGUGGAGACCAUCUUCCUCCUGAUCCUGCUCGUCAUCAUCAUCGGCGAGUUCUUCAGUGCUCCGGCUGUCACCAUAGUGGACACGCGCACCCUGCAGUACCUGGGCCCCCACCAGGACCGCUACGGCCUGCAGAGGAUGUGGGGCUCCCUGGGCUGGGGCCUGGCCAUGCUCUGCGUAGGCAUCUGGAUCGACCACACCCACAUCAAGCUCUUCAUCCAGGGCACCGGCUGCAUCGUGCCCGACUACAAGAACUAUCAGAUAGCCUUUAUUGUCUUUGGAGUCCUGAUGGCCGUAGCUUUGAUAUUGUCCACACAGUUUUACUUUGAGAGUAGUACUAGUGACCACCAGCCAAUGGAGGCUCAGCUGGAGGAGGAUAAGAGACAGGAGGCAGAGUCUCCUCAAAUGUCCAGUGGUGUUUCAUCUCCCAAAGGGCAUGCGGUGGAAUCGUUAGAAUCCCAAAGUGUCGUCAGCCAACCGUUUCGUUAUCAGGACCUCAUUCGGCUGCUGUGUAGCGUGCAGUACGGCUCAGUGCUCUUCGUGGCCUGGUUUAUGGGAUUCGGCUACGGCUUUGUGUUCACGUUCCUCUACUGGCACCUGGAGGACCUGAAAGGGACCACCACGCUAUUUGGAGUGUGCUCGGUGCUGAGCCACAUCUCAGAGCUGGUUGCCUACUUCACCAGCCACAAGCUCAUCGAGCUGGUUGGCCAUAUAAGGGUGCUGUACAUCGGUCUGGCCUGCAACACGGCUCGUUUCCUGUACAUCUCCUACCUGGAGAACGCCUGGAUCGUCCUGCCCAUGGAGGUCCUUCAAGGUGUGACCCAUGCGUCAGUGUGGGCAGCCUGUAUCUCCUACCUCAGUGCUGCAGUGCCUCCAGAGCUGAGGACCUCUGCCCAGGGUAUCCUCCAGGGCCUGCACCUAGGGCUGGGCCGGGGCUGUGGGGCCAUGGUGGGGGGAGGCUUCGUCAGUGUUUUUGGAGCGGCACACACCUUCAGAGGGAUAGGAAUGGUGUCCCUCGUCAUCCUCCUCCUCUUCGCUCUCAUCCAGUGGCUGGCUGUGCAGAGUGGGAACAAAGAUCCCAGAAUGCUGGCGGAGAACAUCCCAGUCCCCUCCAGCCCUUUUCCCAUAGCGACCAUAGACAUUAUCCAAUCAAAUAAUGGAGCCGCCACAAUGACACCACCGAGGAAGACCAAGCACCAGGAGGAUCAGGAGGAUUUGAGCGAGCCUGCCUGGGUGGUGUCCGCCUCGCCCUGGGUCUCCCUGGCCUUCGCCCUGCACCAGAUCAGAGAGAUGGCUACCCUUGCCAGGAGCAGCCCUGACAACAACCAUCCGCCGCUGCAGGAGAUAAAUGAGAUCGGCACAGAUGAACCAACUGAUCCCAGUCCCCAUCCUUAGAACCUCCCCAGACUGGUCCCUCUCAAGUGGGACCCGCUCUCUGACCAAGAGACCCCCCCUACGCCUGCUGAUCAACCACCCCUCUCCACGGGCCAACACACAGUAGGGGACUGGAAAGAGGGGACAUGUUGCACAUUGAGGAACUGCCCUAAAAUGUUUUCCUUCCAAGCAACACCAAGUCAAAGCCCAUGCACAGCUGGGAAGUCCAGCUAAAGGAGUAAGGAGUAUGAUUUAUACAGACUGGACAGGAGAGAAAUAAUGACCAAAAUUAAGGAGAUUGAAUUCGUCCUCCUAGCAAGACAGGUCUUAACCAGCUGAGAAAAACUCUUUGACCGAUCUAUUGUUACUCUGUCAAGUGGACAUCAAACGAGUAACAGAGUUGUAUUUAUUUUGCUCAUCCUGGAAAUCUGGGAUAGUGGGUUCGAUUGAAUAAGGCUCCAUUUGUCUCGCUGGCCCUCGAAGUGCCUGAGCCGCGGUGCUGUUGUAGGUCGGUGAUUCACACUCCUGUAGCAGUGCCACACUGAAUCUAAAACGCUGUGUGUAAUGGCUGCUUUGCUUGAUGUGGACUGUAGAGAUUCCUCUUUACAUCAAGUUUAGGUGCCAAUUCAAUAGGUGAAUGUUGUGGAACGUUGCAGAUAGCAAUGUUAUUAAUAUAACUGGUUUUAUUACUUAUUCUACAUGUCAGAGAGACGUGUGUUCUGAGGUUGGUGGCACCUUAAAUGGAGAGGGCUCGUGGUAAUGACUGGAGCGGAAUCAGUGGAUCGGUAUCAUAUACAUCAAACACAUGGUUUCCAUGGUUUCCAGGUGUUUGAUGCCAUUCCAUUCGGUCCGUUCCAGACAUUAUUAUGAGUCGUCCUCCCCUCAGCAGCCUCCACUGUUCUACAUACUAUGUUGAUAUCCACCUGUUCCCACAACUUCGUGCUCUCUUGAAAGUGGCCCUGCUUUUAUAUGUAAAUGUUUCCUGUGUCUAGUGACGAGUCUACCACCUAUCCGCCACUGAUGCUGUGGAAGAAUAGAUACCUAAAAGGAUUUAUGAUAUCCACCAGGCUUUUAGGGUCUGUAAUUACUACAAACUAUAACACCAUGAGUUCUGUAGAGACUUUCUAUAUGUAUUGAUAAAGUGUCUUCAGGCCAAGAUGUCUAAACGUCAAAUAUUUCACUAUGAUCAUAUUUAGACAGAAAUAAUUGUCAAUAAUAUCAAACUGCUUUCCUCCCAAGGGACUAUCUUAAACAAUUGUAUUGUAAUGACCAUUUUUCAUGCCUUGUCUGCUGUACAUAGCCUAUGUUCUACCUGAGAACUAAUACUCCUAGUGCACUGUGGCUUUUAUCUUUUCAAGGUGAAACAACAGUUUGCAAUACGUCACUGGAAAGUUUGUUUUUUUUAACUACCAAAAAUGUAUCCUUGUCAUUUUAUAUGAAGAAUAUGCACCAAAUUUGAAAUCACUUUAAUGCUGUUUGAUAUCAAAUGUAUGUAAAAAAAAACUUGAAAAAACAUAGGCAUUUUUCUAGCCAUGAGGGAGAAAACUUUUGCUCUUGAAAGACAUGGUCCUAUCAAAAUCUCCAUUUGAUGUUUCCAGCAUGUGAUUGGCUGUCCCCGAGGCUGCAGUUUCUUAAGCAGCCAGGUUGGGGCAGUAGAUGGGAGUACACUGGAUUCCACAGCAAUGGGAGUACAUGAGAGCUUGUUAUAGUAACCAGUAGGGGAGCAGGUCUCAAUGCCCCAGGCACUUACCACACAGGAGGAGAAAAACAACAAAUGUAUUAAUGAUUGCUGCCAGUUAACCUGAGAGCUAUAAGCACCAUUUGAAAGUCAUUCUGGUGAAUAGUUGUAACUACGAUGCAGAAUGUUUGAUUCCAGAGGAAGACAGAUGUCUGCUUUGACUAUGAUUAUAGUGGGAUGACAGCCUGAGGAAGAGUUUCUGGGUCACUAUGAAGUCAAACCCACUGAGAGAGACGAUAGCUCUGAGAGACUCUGGGGCAUCCCCGAUUCUCCCUAAGUCUACACUUCCAUACUUUCUCCCAUUGAUUUAACAAAUGGUGGAAACUCCCUCCAGCCAAUGCUUACACCAAUCCUAUGCUUUUAAAUCCAUGCCAGGGAGUGUUCAAGUACACACUUCUGGAAAAGGGUGGAGAAUCAGGAGGGAGCCUUUGGGGAAUGAUGGGAAUAUUCAAGUCCCCUAAAGUCUCUGUUGCCCCCGGUUACAGGACUUCUCUUCUCAUUAGGUGUUUUAUCAUGGAAGGUGAAGCCGAGAGGUAAUGAGAGGUUCUGCCUACUGCUAAUUUACUGGCCAUUUUAGGGUCCUCCGGUUCACCACAGAGGUUGAAAUUGAUAUUAGAAGAGCUCCAUAUCCUCGUCCCCUAUGAGGUAGGGCUCUGGAGGUGGGGUGAAGGCCCUGGGGGAGGGGUAGAGAGGGGCUCUGGAGGUGGGGUGAAGGCCCUGGGGGAGGGGUAGAGAGGGGCUCUGGAGGUGGGGUGAAGGCGCUGGGGGAGGGCAGGUAGCGGGUGGUAGAGGGGGCACUGGGGGAGGGCAGGUAGGGGGGGUAGAGAGGGGCACUGGGGGAGGGGUGAGAGAGGUGUGCUGGGGGCAGGGCAUGGGAGUGUAGAGAGGGACGGAGUUAGAUGUAGGCGGAUCCUGGGCAUAGCUGUCCAUCUCGUCUUUGCUGGUCAAAAGUACUUAAGUAGUUCUUUAAAGUAAUUUUCCUUAUGUAGUUUUUCUGUACUUUACUAUAUUUUCUACAACUUUUACACCACCAUAUUCCUAAAGAAAAUAAUGUACUUUUUACUCCAUACAUUUUCUCUGAGACCCAAAGUACUCGGUACAUUUUAAAUACUUAGGACAGGAAAAUGGGCUAAUUCACACAUUUAUCAAGAGACCAUCCCAGGUCAUCCCUACUGCCUCUAAUCUGACGGACUCACUAACCACAAAUGCUUCGUUUGUAAAUGAUGUCAGAGUGUUGGCGUGUGCCCCUGGCUAUCCAUACAUUAAAACAACAAGAACAUUGUGCCAUCUGGUUUACUUAAUAUAAGGCAUUUUAAAUGAUUCAUAAUUUACUUGUGAUACUUAAAAAGAUGCCGGUGCCAUUUCCUGGUUGCAAAAAUUUGCCUGAUUUCAGUUUAUAUGUGGCAAAACACAUACGUAUAGUGUAGAGAAUCACUAUACCAUCUAAACCGCUGUGAAAUAUAUUUUCCAUAGCCGCCAAAAUAUAGCAUUUUCAGCUGUUUGAAGCUAAAAUGUGAAUUUGGUGGUUUCCAAAACUGACAUGGAAUUGUUUUAAGAUGGAUCAUUUAGUGAUUUGGAAUUUUAGGACCCCUUUAGGUGUGUGUAUGUGUAUAUAUAUAUAACAUUAAACAAUUAUUUGAUUAAAUGUUGAUUUUAAGCUUUACUAUUAAAGCCCAUAGAAAUGCAUUGAAUGACACGUUGAUGAAUGGCAGAAAGGACAGUCCAAAAAUAAAUGAUAAGAAACACG